CCAUUGACUCCAUCUAUGAAAUAUUACUCUCAAUCUGUUUUAAACUGAAUUCUACUCUUAUCAUCAUACAUUUGUACCACCUGAUCUGGCUGGAAUAGGAGCGUCCAGCACCUCAUCGUCUGCAUCAGACAAUUGCGAUACAUUCCUCGCUUGCAUCUUUUUCUUGCUUGUUCUAAAUUAUGCAUCUCUCACAGCGUCUUGUUACAGCAGCGUAUCUUUGCGCCAGUGCCACGGCUUUCAUCCCAUACACCAUCGAACUCGAUACAUCGGAUGACAUCUCAGCUCGUGACUCAUUAUCUCGACGUUUUCUGCCUGUGCCAAAACCGAGCGAUGCUCUGACAGACGACUCCACUUCAUCUUCCAGCGAUGAGUCCCUAUCGCUGAACAUCAAAAGGGUUCCAGUUCGCCGUGACAAUGAUUUCAAGAUUGUGGUAGCCGAAACUCCCUCCUGGUCCAACACCGCCGCUCUCGAUCAAGAUGGUAGCGACAUAUCAUACAUCUCUGUUGUCAAUGUUGGAUCCGAUGAGAAAUCUAUGUACAUGUUGCUCGACACAGGAGGCUCUGAUACAUGGGUCUUCGGUACCAACUGCACGUCCACGCCCUGCACGAUGCACAACACCUUCGGAUCGGACGAUUCCUCGACGCUUGAAAUGACAUCUGAAGAGUGGAGUGUGGGCUACGGAACCGGGUCUGUCAGCGGCCUGCUAGGCAAAGACAAGCUCACGAUUGCGAAUGUAACUGUACAGAUGACUUUCGGGCUUGCUUCCAACGCUUCGGAUAACUUCGAGUCGUACCCCAUGGACGGCAUUCUCGGUCUCGGUCGAACCAACGAUAGUUCCUACAAUAACCCAACAUUCAUGGAUGCUGUUGCAGAGACUAACGUCUUCAAGUCGAACAUCGUUGGAUUUGCCCUUUCCCGUAGCCCCGCCAAAGACGGCACCGUCAGCUUUGGCACUACUGACAAGGACAAGUACACUGGCGAUAUCACUUACACCGAUACCGUCGGGUCGGACAGCUAUUGGCGCAUUCCCGUGGACGAUGUCUAUGUUAGCGGCACUUCAUGCGAUUUCUCCAACAAGUCUGCCAUCAUUGAUACCGGAACGUCUUACGCUAUGCUUCCUUCGAGCGACUCGAAGACGCUGCACAGUCUGAUUCCUGACGCCACUUCUUCUGGGAACUACCACAUUAUCCCGUGCAACACAACCGCUAAGCUACAAGUGCAAUUCUCUGGUGUGAAUUACACCAUCUCGCCAAAGGACUACGUGGGAGCAACCUCUGGUUCUGGAUGCGUUUCGAACAUUAUCAGCUAUGACCUUUUCGGCGAUGACAUUUGGCUCCUGGGCGACACCUUCCUCAAGAAUGUGUAUGCCGUGUUUGACUACGAUGAGUUACGGGUCGGAUUUGCAGAGCGAUCCUCGAACAGCAGCUCUACGUCGAACUCUACGAGCUCUGGAACAAGCAGUACCUCGGGAUCCACAACAACGGGCAGCUCAACGACUACAACGAGCUCUGCUAGCUCUAGUAGUUCUUCGGAUGCUGAAUCGGGAAGUGGAAUGACUAUGCCCGCUCCUCAGCAUUUCUUCUCUGCUUUGGCGAUUGCUUCUCUCAUGCUUUGGCUCUAGUUAGCUUUGGGGAAAGGCUUUCGCAUCCACUUGACGUCUGAACUCGGGGAACGUGUGCAAUAUUUACACUUGCUGCUGAUUUGUAUCUGCAUAUUUUCUAGAGCUUGGACAGCGUGCGGAUCAUAUUACCUUACAUUCGAAGUCCUUCUCUAAUCAAUCAACUUUCAUUCUUACUUCACCAGUGCUAGCUC